CUUUUUCAACGUUCGCGCAACGACAUCUCUCCUACCGAGAAAGCUUUUGAUGCGCAUAGGCGCCUAAACUUACCAAUUAGUUUAUUACAAUUAUAUAAAUAAUAGAAAAAAUCAAAACAAAAUGAAUCAAUAAUGUUUUAUCAGCAAUAUUUUGCAGUAAUUAAAAGCCACAUCAAAUCGACGUAAACUACAGCAAGCGCAGCUACAGCAAUUUCAAUUGUUGCUGUUGUUGUUGUUGUCGUAUGCCACCAGUCUGAGUGUGUGUGUGUGUGUGUGAGAUGCAAAUGUGUAAUAUGUUUUUGUUUUUGUUGCGACGCCAAAUUACAUUUGCGGCCGAUACGCCGCUCGAUCCUUAAGAAGAGCCUUCCUCCACACACACAACAUCAUCAUCAUCAUCAUCGGAUAUCCAGCAACAGCAGAACUUUUCAAAUAGUGGCCAAUUCCGGAAUUAACAAACAAAAUAAUAAUAAUAAUAACGGACGUGUCCGCUCCGUGCAUUUUCCAAUAAUGCAAAUUCAAUGUAUGCCAAUAUUGAAAGUAAUUUUCGUGCUCUCAACAAUUGUCUCAGUCACAGAUUGUUGUUCGAGCCGAAUUUUACUGUUUCGCCAGCAUACACUUCAAAUUGAGGAGCAUGUAGUCCAAUUGGUUAAUCCAAUGGAACUGCAGCAGCAAUUCAAUGUCGACGGCUUGACCUCGGCGACGGACAUGUUCAGCGAUACGGCGCAAAUGUUACAAUUAUCGCCGCAUCUCAGUUUCGAUGGCGAAUUGGCAGCACUUGCGACAACGGAGCGUGACAGAGGCCCGGAGCUUUGGUCCACCAACGAAGAAGAGGAAAUGACGACAACAACGAAAAGAGCAACUACGCCAACACCAACAACGCUGAUUACAACAACAACAACGCUAAUUACAGCAACAAACACAAUGGCAACAGGCGAACCACCGCCCGAUGACAGUUCAACGCCGCGACUCUCUAUUGACGCCGCCAACUCAGAGCGGAAUGAAGAAUCUGUUUCGACAACAACACCUGCAAUAACAACAACGAUGGCAUCGACAACGGGCAAAAGCAGAAGUCCAAAGUUAACGGAAGACCUAAACUUUAAGCUUCCCUGCAGCGAUGAAUAUAUCAAGUACUUUUGCCUAAAUGGCGGCAAUUGCUUUCGCUGGGCGAAUGCGAACAGCUUUAGCUAUUGCGUGUGCGCCGUUGGCUACGUGGGCGAACGCUGCGAUUCAAAGACUGAAAAUGGCGUUUAUGUACCGUUACGACCGGCGACGCCCGACCCCCAGCUGAAGACGGCUCACAUUGUCUUCUCGUUUCCCAUGCUUGUCCUGCUCUCAACAAUCUACGUUGUGUUUGGCGCUAUUUUUAUGCUGCGCAACGUUUCGGCGCAGCGACGCAAACAGCAACAGCUGCAUUUGCACAAGCAGCGCUUUUUUGUCAGUUGUUGAAAAAAUCACAAUGGGGCUGCCAACUUGAUUUUGUUUUGUUGCUUUCAAUUUUGUUUAGGAGACGAACCUAAUAACUAACGUUUUUUUUUGAUUUGAUCUGAUUUGAUUUGGAAACGCCAUUUUGUUUCAACGCCAAAUUUGUUAUAAAAUGCCAGCCAAGUUGGGCAUUUGUCUAUGAUAAUUUCUUUCUCUUUACGUUGCGCAACGCUUUAAUUUAUUUAAUUACAUAUAAUUCUUUUUUUUCUGUAAAUUCAUUGUAUUUAGUUUUGCAAAAUAAGAGCGCUCUUUGCUUUAGAAGCUUAGAAUUUAAGCUUAGUAGAUUUGUUUUGUAGUAACAUUUUGUUACGCUAUUUAGUAUGUAUUUAAUAUUUAAAUUUAGCGUUUAUCACUGUUAUUAUUAAUAUUUUUGUAACACUUUGUUACGCAACAAAAAAAAAUCGAACAAAGAUUGUAAUUUAUAAACAAAUUCUUUUUGUAAUGCAAUAAUCAAAAAAAAAUAUAUAUAUGUGUACGGGACUCAAAAGUUUAUAAAACUUGAAA